GUGAGCAGCCGGGAGCGACUGUAGACAUGCUAUUCUGAAAUAUUUAAUUUAGGAAUAAGUUUAGCCUUUCUACCAAAAGUACUGAAUACAGUGAACGGUUGGAGGUUUGGGAAAUGGGCAGCACUCGUAUAUCCAAGCAGUUACCUCCGCUAAUUGACCCGACGCAGGCACCUGUUGCAUUCGGCAACAGAGCCCUUCCGCGACUCUCCAUGGAGCUGCAGGACCCUCAUCUGUACAUCCGACAACGGGCUCUAACAGCACUUUGUGACUUAGUUCAUGAUCCAGAGAGGGCUUACGAAGCCAUCCAUAACGGCUGUUUGGAGAUACUGAAAGGGUUGCUGAAAGACAAGGACAGCUCAGUGAGAAUUAAAACCACAGAAGUACUCUACCUCAUGGCUUCCCAUAAUGUGGGAAGAGAAGCCUUCCUGAAGUUGAACGUGUUAGACCCACUCUCUGACCUACUGGAUGAGCCUGUGGUCACCUGUCGUAAGAACAUGCACACGGCCCUCAAGAUAAUGGCUGAGUUUCCGGCAGGCGCAGCCCACAUGGUGUCUCUGGGCCUGGUCCCCAGGCUGGUAAUGAAGCUGCCAGCUGAGCAGGAGGAGAUCCGAGCCCUGAUCCUGGCCACACUCAGCUCCUGUGUGAGGGUGGAUGCCCUGCCGGCCCUGGCCAGCAACGGGGUCUCGGUCCUGGGAGAGCAGCUCUCUCACCCCUCCCCAGACAUCCGCAGGGAAGCCGCUUCAGCCAUGAUGGGCAUCAGUGUCCCGCCCGAGGGGAAGCACAAGGUGUGUGAGGAGGGGGUACUUCCUCUGCUGGUCACGCUGCUGUCGGACAGCGACCCCGGCGUCACCGCCAGCGCUGCUGGGACCAUCAUGAACACCUCUGUCAUAUCUAAAGGGAAGUACCAGGCCCUGAAGGCAGGUGCCCUCCCCCCGCUCCUGGCCCUGGUGGGCAGCGAGGACUUGGCGGUGUGUGCCAACGCCUUGCGGGCCCUGACGGUGCUGGCGGAGGCCCCACACGCUCGGACGGAGCUGCUGGAGCACGUGCCCCUCCUGGAAACACGCCUCAGUCACCCCGCAGACAUCAUACGCCGUGCCGCGCAAACCGCCAUCAGUGUGGUGUCCUGGACCCCCUGAGAGGCACGAGGACACACACACAUCUCCUGGACACGCUACAAGAGCUGGAGGGGUGACACACACACACACAUACACACACACGUGGACAUCCUGUGUACACAGACUCGGAGGAAUGGAGACAAGCUGCUCCCUUCCCCUGUUUCUCCAUCUUUCUCAGUUCUCUUUAUUCCUCUCUCCUCCAUAUCACCCUUGUCUGUCACUCUGUUUCUCACCAUCCACUCCUCUCUCGCUCCCCCUGUAAGUCUACUUCAUUGCUUUUCUCUCACACACACUUACAGAAGUGCAUCUCUGCCGCUUUGGUGCACACACAUGCAUACGCAAGCGCCACACAAUUUAUUGUUUAUCUUUGUGAUCAGUGUCAGGUUUAUGCAAAUAAACUCAUGAAAGAAAAUUACAUGUCUACAU